CAGAUGCGCUGGGCCCGGGGAUGAUCUUUCCGGCCCUCCGCUGCGCUCUUCGGGGGCUGCCGCGGCCCGGUGCUCGGGCCCUGACUCGCGCUGCCAUGGAGGUGGCCCUGCGAGGGGUGCGGAAAAUCCUUUGCGUGGCCGAGAAGAACGACGCGGCCAAGGGCAUAGCCGACCUGCUGUCCGGCGGCCGCAUGCGGCGGAGGGAAGGACUUUCAAGAUUCAACAAGAUCUAUGAGUUUGAUUAUCAUCUGUGUGGCCAGAACGUCACCAUGGUAAUGACCUCAGUCUCAGGACACUUGCUGGCCCAUGAUUUCCGGAUGCAGUUUCGCAAAUGGCAGAGCUGCAAUCCUCUUGUCCUCUUUGAAGCAGAAAUUGAAAAGUACUGCCCAGAGAAUUUUGUAGACAUCAAGAAAACUCUGGAGCGAGAGGCCCGGCAAUGCCAGGCCCUGGUGAUCUGGACCGACUGUGACAGAGAGGGUGAAAACAUUGGGUUUGAGGUCAUCCACGUGUGCAAGGCCGUGAAGCCCAGCCUGCAGGUGCUGCGAGCCCGUUUCUCUGAGAUCACUGCCCGCGCCGUCCAGACGGCAUGUGAAAACCUCACGGAGCCCGACCAGAGAGUGAGCGACGCCGUGGAUGUGAGGCAGGAGUUGGACCUGCGGAUCGGGGCGGCCUUCACCAGGUUCCAGACGCUGCGGCUGCAGAAGAUCUUCCCCGAGGUGCUGGCGGAGCAGCUUAUCAGCUACGGCAGCUGCCAGUUCCCCACCCUGGGGUUCGUGGUGGAGAGGUUCAAAGCCAUUCAGGCGUUUGUGCCGGAAGUCUUCCACAAGAUCCGAGUGACUCAUGACCACAGGGACGGCGUGGUGGAGUUCAGCUGGAAGAGGCAUCGUCUCUUCAACCACACGGCGUGUCUCGUCCUCUACCAGCUGUGCAUGGAGGAUCCCAGGGCGACGGUGGUAGAGGUCAGGUCCAAAGCCAAGAGCAAGUGGAGGCCUCAAGCUUUGGACACUGUGGAGCUGGAGAAGCUGGCAUCUCGGAAGUUGAGGAUAAAUGCUAAAGAAACCAUGAGGAUUGCAGAAAAGCUCUACACCCAAGGGUACAUCAGCUAUCCUCGAACUGAAACGAACAUUUUCCCCAAAGACCUAGACCUGGCGGCACUGGUGGAGCAGCAGAUCCCGGAUCCACGCUGGGGGGCCUUUGCUCGAAACAUUCUAGAGCGCGGUGGCCCCACCCCACGCAAUGGAAAUAAGUCUGACCAAGCACACCCUCCCAUCCACCCCACCAAAUACACUGACAGCCUGCAGGGGGAUGAACAGCGACUGUACGAGCUCAUCGUCCGCCACUUCCUGGCCUGCUGCUCCCAGGAUGCCCAGGGCCAGGAGACCACUGUGGAGAUCGACAUCGCGCAGGAGCGCUUCGUGGCCCAUGGCCUCAUGAUCCUGGCCCGGAACUAUCUGGAUGUGUACCCGUAUGAUCGCUGGAGUGACAAGACCCUCCCUGUCUAUGAGGAAGGCACCUGCUUUCAGCCCAGCACUGUGGAGAUGGUGGACGGGGAGACCAGUCCCCCCCAGCUGCUCACCGAGGCUGACCUCAUUGCCCUCAUGGAGAAGCACGGCAUUGGUACGGACGCCACGCACGCCGAGCACAUUGAGACCAUCAAGGCCCGGAUGUAUGUUGGGCUUACACCAGACAAGCGCUUUCUCCCUGGGCACCUGGGCAUGGGGCUCGUGGAAGGCUAUGACUCCAUGGGCUACGAGAUGUCCAAGCCUGACCUGCGGGCCGAGCUGGAGGCUGACCUGAAGCUCAUCUGCGAGGGGAAGAAGGACAAGCUGGUGGUCCUGCAUCAGCAGGUGCAGAAGUACAAGCAGGUGUUCAUCGAAGCCGUGGCCAAAGCCAGGAAGUUGGAUGAGGCCUUGUCCCAGUACUUUGGGGCGGCUGCAGAGGUGGCCCCACAGGAAGCCCUGCCGGCUGUGUCCGAGCCCAUCAGGAAGUGUCCGCAGUGCGGCCGGGACAUGGUUCUCAAGACCAGGAAGAGCGGCGGGUUUUACCUCAGUUGCACGGGCUUCCCUGAGUGUCGGUCGGCUGUCUGGUUCCCAGACAGCGUGCUGGAGGCCAGCAGGGAUGCGAGCGUGUGCCCAGUGUGUCAGCCACGCCCCGUUUACAGAUUGAAGUUCAAGUUUAAACGAGGCAGCCUGCCCCCAACCAUGCCCCUGGAAUUUGUCGGCUGCAUCGGCGGGUGUGACGAGACCCUGAGGGAGAUCCUGGCCCUCAGAUUCUCACAGGGCGCCCCCCGAGUCGGCCAGCCUGCCAGCCAGACCUCCGGCUACCUGCAGGCUAGCCAGUCCCUGAACAGAAUGGACAAUGGCCAGCAGGGCCAGCCCCGGCCCCCUGUCACCAGGCCCUCGAAGGCUUUGACCAGGACGCUGCCCCCACCCGCCGUUGAGAGCGAGAGCAACUCGGUGACCUGCAACUGUGGCCGGGAGGCCCUGCUGCUCACCGUCCGGAAGGAGGGGCCCAACCAAGGCCGCCAGUUCUACAAGUGCAGCGGCGGGGGCUGCAGCUUCUUUCUGUGGGCUGACAGCGGCCACCCGGGAGCCGGGCCUCCCUCCUCAGUGUCCAGACCUCCAGGCGGCCCCCUGGGACGCCCACCAGGCUCCGGGACUCUCCUGGGUGGGUCCAGCAGGUCCGGCAGUGGUGGCAGCGCUGGCGCGUCCUGCCUGUGUGGCCAGCCGGCUGUCACACGCACCGUGCAGAAGGAGGGGCCCAACCAGGGCCGCCAGUUCCACACAUGUGCCCAGCCCCGUGAGCAGCAGUGCGGCUUCUUCCAGUGGGUGGAUGAGAACGUGGCCCCAGGGACCUUCGGAGGCCCCCUCUGGCCAGGAAGCAGGGGAGGAACCCAGGGGCUGGAGGCCAGAAGCAAAAGGGCUCGGGCCGGCUCCUCAGACACAGGGUCUGCAGCCAAGAAACCCCGGAAGUGCAGCCUUUGCCACCAGCCUGGACAUACCCGUCCCUUCUGUCCUCAGAACAGAUGAGGCAGCAUCAGGCUGAGGGGGCCACCUGACCUUCUUCUCUGCCCUUAUGUCUUAGGAAGCAAGUUGUUUCUCAGGGGCCACCAGCGGCUCUUGGGGUUUGGCCUGUGUGUUGAAUCCAGGCCCAGAUCGAUCUCUCUGCUGGACAGUGGCCCUGUGUGCGGGACCCAGGAACAGCCGUGUCUACGGCUGAGAAGCCACAGAGGCUGCCUUCUGUGACUCACGGGCUGUGCUGUCAGCGCCUUGGUGGAGAUUGGCCCUGUCUGCAAGGGGCUUCCAUCCACAGAUGGCCUGAGAAAGGGUGGGAUGCCAGGGAGAGACUCCUGUUUGGAGGUUGUGUCUGCGGAAGGUUUUUGCCUCUUUAUUAAGAAGCUGCAGCCAGGACACCCCACAGCUCAGGUGCCUCAGUAAAGAAUCCAGCCCCUUGACCCUGGCAGGUGAUGGUGUAGUGUCUGGAGAAGUUUGGCAGGACACUGGGCAGUGUUGACCUCCCUGGCCUCCGCUAGCUCCACCACUGUCCUUUGGGGCAGAGAAGAACUGGUGCACAUGCUGCUGUUCCGGCCUCCCAAGAACCAUGGAGCUGAGCGGGAGUCGGUGGACUUUGCUCUGCAGCUCAGAUGAUAAGCAGAAGUAAGCUGAGCAUGACUGAGUUGUAUGGCUGGUGAAGCAGCAACCUGUUCUGGGACUCCUGGCCCCAAACACUUCCUUCAGAGCAGCCCUCGCACUGGGACUGGACAGCGGGCUGUGCAGAAUUGCUCCUGGAGCGUCUGGUUGCUGGGUGUUGGUCUUAGCCCAAUGGCCCAGCCCACUCUGUCCCUUUGGUUUUCACCUGGGCUGACCAUCUCACAUGAAGAGCCGCGGCCCCCUCUGCUUCCCUCUCGGCGCCUUGUCUCCUGCGGUGGCCCUCAUGGUCAUGCAUCGGUGGGUGUUUUUCUGACUGAGCUAGUCUGCCGUGUUCACUUGUCAUCAGUUGAUGGACACGGGGGUGUUUCCACCAUCUGGCUGUUGGGAGCAUUAUAGCUGUGAACUUCUGUGUGCAAGUUAUUUGAACACCUGUAUUUUUUGGGAUCCACACCUAAGAGUGGGGUUGCUGGGUCAUUUAAUUCUAUGCACUAAGCUCUCCACAGCAGCUGCACCAUUUUACCUUCUCACCAGAGUUCCCCUUUCUCCACGUCCUUGCUGUCGUGUCCUUGCUCAUAUUGCCAUCCUCGUGGGCCUGAGGUGGUAUCUCGUGGCUUUGACUUGCAUAUUCCCAGUGACCACUGAUGUUGGGCAUGCUUUCACCACUCACGUGGCCUUUCAUGUUUCUUUGGAGAAAUGAAAGGUCUUUUCAAGACCUUUGCCUGUUUUUCAGUGGGGUUGUUUGUGCUUUUGCUGUGGCUGCAG